AUGGCCUCCACCCCUGGCAGCUUCUGGCAGUUUCAAAGGGUGGUCAAACACAUCACAGGGCGGAGCGCCUUCUUCUCAAAUUAUGGAUACGGCUGCUACUGCGGGCUUGGGGGCAUAGGGACCCCCACGGAUGACACUGACAGGUGCUGCUUGGCCCACGACUGCUGCUGCGAGAAACUGAAGCAGCUCAGCUGCCAGCCCGUGUUGAACGGCUACCAGUUCCGCGUGGCCAACUGGACCGUGAUCUUUGAAUGCACCCUUGGUCCUGGUGCCGGCUGCCUCUGUGGGCUAAGGACCUGCGAGUGUGACACACAAUCUGCUUCAAAGAGAACCUGCCCAAACUCCAAGCAGUUCCUCUCCAGCUGGCCCUGCUGCGGCAGGAGGGCAGGAGCCCACCUGGAUCAGGGUCGUCAGGCCAGCUGUCUGGCUGAGGACCUCAGACCUCCUCUGCAAUCUCUCAUCCACCAGCAGCUGGUCAGCAGGGUGCCUGGCGUCUGA